AUGCCAGUACCACCAUUUCUCAAGCAGCCAUUACCUAUGUAUGUGGUAGCCGAACAGUACUGGGAUUUAAAGGCGUAUCCUACGCAAUACGUCUUCUCUCUUCUAGCACUAAUUUCAGACGAUAGGCUAGAAAGAGAUAAGUGUAGGGAGCUCAGCUCUGCAGAGGGCCAGGAGGAAUGGUUAACUUAUUGUAGACGACCUAAACGAACUAUUUUAGAGGUUUUACACGAUUUUCACAAAUCGGCUUCAAAAUUGACCAUUGAGGUGUUAUUUGAAUUGUUUUCCACAAUCAAACCUCGGUCCUUCUCUAUCGCCAGUAGCUGUUUGCCUUCACAAGGAAGAAACAUCGAGUUAUUAGUUGCUGUAGUGAAAUAUCAAACGAAAAUAAAGAAACACCGAUUGGGCUUGGGGUCCAAUUGGCUGAAAAGUCUAAACAUUGGGGACAAAGUGUAUGGUUGGAUAAAGAAAGGAGUAUUUAGAUUUCCUGCUGCUAAUAUUCCAUUAAUCCUAGUCGGUCCGGGCACCGGUUUAGCGCCCUUCCGAAAUCUCAUACAAGAGAGGGUAGCUCUCAAUAUAGCUGACAAACAUAUUUUACACCUCUUCUUCGGAUGCCGGUACAGAGACGGAGACUACCACUGUCGCGACGAGUUGGAGGCGUGGGAGAGAGAUAGAAACGUGACGUUGUAUUGCGCCUUUUCUAGGGACCAAGAGAAUAAGAUAUAUGUCCAACACAAAAUAGCAGAAAAUAGAGAGCAACUACACAACCUAAUCAUCAAUCAAGGGGCGUACGUAUUUAUAUCUGGCAACUCGAAAAAUAUGCCCAAGAACGUAAGGGACACGUUCGUCGAAGACGUCCUGAAAAGCGUUGACAAUGCGGAUGGUUUUAUGCAAAGUAUGAUAAAUACUGGGAGAUUCCAAACGGAGACCUGGUAG